CCCUUCCUCGCACCCCCAAGACCCGGGAUCUGCGCGGCUGUGGCUCUCUGCGCAUCCACCAGCAUCGGCGCUGGUCUCCUCUCGGCAGCUUUCCCUUCCUCGCUAUGGAUAAACUGGCUAAUGCAAACUCGCAGUUUGCUCUGGAUCUUUUCCAAAAGUUGACGGAAGCCCACCCAACCGGCAACGUUUUCUUUUCUCCGCUCAGUGUAUCGUCCGCCCUGGCCAUGGUCGCCUUAGGGGCCCGCGGUAACACAGCCUCGGAACUCCUGAAGACAUUUCAUUUUGAUGGAGUUGAAGAUCUUCAUUCAGUAUUUCAGACUCUCAAUGCUAAAAUUAACCGGAGCAAUGCACCCUAUAUUCUGAAACUUGCUAAUAGAUUGUAUGGAGAAAAAACUUUCAACUUUUUGUCUGAUUUCUUGACUAGCACCCAGAAUUUGUAUGGAGCUGAAUUAUCCACAGUGGAUUUCUCAAAUGCUCCAGACAAGGCAAAAAAGGAAAUUAACCAAUGGGUUGAACAGCAAACUGAAGGUAAAAUCCCAGAGUUGUUAUCUGAAGGAUCAAUCAAUCUAAUGACUAAAUUGAUUUUGGUGAAUGCUGUCUACUUUAAAGGCAACUGGGCAAAGGCAUUUAAAGAAAAAAAUACUGAAGACAAGCCUUUUAGAUUAAAUAAGAGAGAAAAGAAGAAUGUGAAGAUGAUGUUUAUGAAAGAGAAGCUUCCCAUUGGUUAUAUCCCUGAAUGCAAGUGUCAAGUGCUGGAACUCCCAUACAAAGGAGAGGAUCUUAGCAUGAUCAUCCUUUUGCCUGACAGCAUUGAGGAUAAUUCCACAGGCCUGGAACAGCUGGAGCAGCAGCUUACCUUGGAAAAACUACAAGAAUGGAACCAGCCCAAAAAUAUGAACUCCAGCGUGGACGUCUAUGUACAUCUACCUAAAUUUCAGCUGGAAGAAAACUAUGACCUUAAAUCUUACUUUGCAGCAUUGGGGCUAGUAGAUGUGUUUGACAGUGGCAAGGCUGAUUUGUCUGGAAUGUCAAGAGCUCAGGAUCUCCAUGUGUCUAAAAUUGUUCACAAGUCCUUUCUAGAAGUAAAUGAAGUGGGCACUGAAGCAGCAGCAGCUACGGCUUGUACAGUUGUGGCUUAUUGUCGGCCCAUGGAGAAGAAUUUUAAGGCUGACCAUCCUUUCCUAUUUUUUAUCCGUCAUAAUCCAACAAACACUAUACUUUUCCUUGGUAGAUUUGCUUCUCCAUAAAGAGUUUAUUAGGAGAAAUGAGAGCAAAUGCAAAAUUCUGAAUGAUAAGAAAAAAAAAUGCACCGUCAAGAAGAUAACAAAUAUGUGAAUCACUGUUUCUUUUUAGGUAGAGUUGUUUAUAUUGACAUAAAUGUGUUUUGUAUAUAUAUGGUGUAUUAUUUUGUUUUUAUAUGUUUAAUAAAGUUUGUUUUUUAAAAUUAAAAAAAAAAGUAUCGUAAGUCAUAAAACCAACUUCCAGUGUCCUAGCAAAUACUUGUUUCUCUGCCUGCUUGGGGGAAUUGAACAAGUUAGGUUCAUCCAAAUAUUUUCCAUCUUUGAUUUUCUUGAAUUCCUGAGUCUGUUAACAGGUUUUAUGUGACACUUUCUUCAAAAGAGUAGCCAUCUCUAAUCUAGGACAUUCAAGGUGUGUUUGACUAGAGUUCCUUUAAUUUCCAACUAGCUAGGAAUUCUGGGAAUUGUAGUUUGAGCUGUUUGGAAGCCACCAGGCAAAGGGAAGCUACUGUGCAUUGUAUUUGUUAAAUGAAUAACACAUGAAUUACUGGAAUAAAAUUGGCUUUCAUUCAACGUAA